GGGGAGGGUGCGUCGGACUAUAAAGGCAGGGACGGCGGAUCGGAGGGAGAGACACGGCGAGGGAGAGAGAGCCGAGGGACACGAGGAUGGCGGGGCAGACGCUGAUACCGGGAGGAUACAUACCGACGACGCCAACCACCCCAGAGGUCAAGGAAGCGGCCGACACGGUGAAGCCUGCCGUGGAGGAGCAGCUGGGCAGGAAGCUGGACGUGUACCGGGCCAUGUUCUACCGAUCUCAGGUGGUGGCAGGAAUCAACUAUCUGAUCAAGGUGUAUAUCGGUGCUGAGGACAAUUAUCUGCACGUGAAGGUGUUCGUCCCACUGCCCUGCACACAGGAGGCCCCCUCACUGGUCUGGGUGCAUAUGGACGAGAAGUGGGAUGACCCCCUGAUCGACUGUUGAGGGGGCCUCCCUCCCCUCCUCGCUCUGCCUCCCCAACCCUCCCCUUCCCUGCGCUCUCCCACACCCCCCCCACCAACCCUCCCUCUCCGGCGCCCGCCGCAACGCUCGCAGUUUGGACGUACCCUCCGUGGGAUCUCCCUGUGCGCGGACCCGAGCCACCGUCUGGCCUCCCUUGCCCACCGCCCGCGGGUCCUGGGGUCCGACCAGCCGCACCGUUUCAGUUGGUUGAGGAUCCCUCCCCCACUGCCCACAACCCACCCACCCCGCGCCAGUGACGGCUAUUCGACCGCAGAGUCUUCGCUUGAAUAAAAUUGCAAUUGAUUUGA